CAAAUACAUUAAGUAUACGGCCUCACUCCGAUUCAUAGCUAUCAAAAAUGUCCCAAUCCAGCAACCCAUCUCCCUGUUUCAGCAACGAGAAGAAGCCACAAUACAACUAUCAAAAUGCUGCUACAACACCACCGCCCGGCUACCCCCAGGGACCCCAAUACAUUAGUCAGCAGCCCAAUUCUGUCGUGCUAAGCACGAAGCCCGGCUUCAAGUCGCAGUUACUGUUCUGUCCUAGUUGUCAGACCAAUGUUACAUCGGAUACCGAAUUCGAGAAUGGAGCUUUUGCCUGGGGCAGUGCUUUCUGUUGCUGUAUCCUUGGUUGUUGGCUCGGGUGCUGCUGCAUACCAUUGGUAGUGGAUAACUGCAAGGACGUGACGCACAGCUGUCCAAAUUGCCGUGCACAAUUAGCACAGCGAUCUCGGCUAUAAACACCGUAUAUAUUUUUUUACUGACAAGUCGCAUAUUUUUGUCAUUCAGACAGCAAUUCAUCAUUAAAAAUUACAACAGAAUACCCACG